AUGCAGUAUCCAACAUUAUUGGACAAUGAUCUGAACCAAUUUGAGGAAGAUGAAGAACUUUUGAGUCAGCAUGCCAACAUCACAAUCAAUGGCAGUCCAUUUGAUAAUACGGUGAUUGCACAUACAACCGGUCCGGGAAAAGGUGCAUAUUUACAUUUUAUUGCGGCAUUUACGUUUGCAGUUGAUUUCAAUUCUGAGAAAUCAGAUGUGGCCGUUGAUUUGGAAUCCAUCGCGCUACAUGAAAUUGGUCAUGUCUUAGGCCUGGGUCAUUCAUCUGUUCCCGAAUCUAUUAUGUGGCCUUCUCAACCCCCUAGAACCAUAAAGGUCAAGUUAACAUUGGAUGAUGUCAUUGGUGCUCAACUCCUCUAUGGCUCAAACCCAGAGUUUAAUCUUGAUUCUGUAAUGAGUCCUGCAAGUAAGUCUUUUGGCUUAGGGGAAGUUAUAACCAUUUAUGUUUCUUUAGUAGUUACAGCAUUGUUUUCUUGUCUCUAA